GCCAGUGGUUUGUCUUCGCUGCCAAUGCUCGGGCUCAGACUUUUGGAGAUUUCUGCGAGGGGAAGGAACUGCCUAAGUCUGACUUUCUCUGAGAAGGAAAACUCUUCCAUUUAACUGGAGGGACGCAAAAAGAUUUCUAAAGUUUUGUCAAAGCGGAAUAUCUCGUCUAGUUGGCAUGGAAUGACGCUUUGUCCCCUGGAGCUUCGAAAACACGAUGGCAAGCCGUUUUCUCAAGUGGAUCAGUCUCACCUCUCUGCUCUGGCUGGGCUCCCAUGUUCAGGCGGAAAAGAAAGUAUGCCAAGGUAUCAACAACCGUUUAAACCUUCUGGGGACUAAAGAUGACCACUACCUGAACAUGGUGAAGACCUACAGCAACUGCACUGUGGUCCUUGAGAACCUGGAGAUCACCUACAUGGAGCCACACCGAGACCUGUCCUUUCUAAAAUCUAUUGAAGAAGUGGGUGGCUAUGUCCUGAUCGCCCUCAACACAGCCCCCAGGAUUCCUUUGGAGAAUUUGCGCAUUAUUCGAGGUCAUUCCCUCUAUGAGGGAACGUUUGCACUUUCUGUACUUGCCAAUUUCAACAAAAGUACAGGUCAGGGCACCACCGAGCUUCUUCUGAACAGCCUGACAGAAAUUAUUAAAGGAGGUGUGAAGUUUGACAACAACCAGCUAUGCAACGUGGAAACAAUACAGUGGUAUGAUAUUGUCAAUGCUGACACCAAACCCAAAAUGGACCUCAAGAUGACUAGUAAGAACCCACUCUGUAAAAAGUGUAACUCAAGCUGCUACAAUGGUUCAUGUUGGACACCAGAACAUUGUCAGACGUUUACUAAGCUUAACUGUGCACAGCAGUGCUCGAAGAGAUGCAGAGGACCUUCACCUAGUGACUGUUGCAAUGAGCACUGUGCAGCAGGAUGCACAGGACCCAGACCCACCGACUGUCUGGCCUGUCGGGACUUCCAGGAUGAUGGGGUAUGUAAGGACUCCUGUCCAGGCCUCAUGCGCUAUGAUCCCAACCUGCACCAGCUGGUUCCUAACCCACAUGGAAAGUACAACUUCGGGGCCACCUGCGUGAAAAGCUGCCCACAUAAUUAUGUUGUGACUGAUCAUGGAGCGUGUGUGCGGACGUGCAGCGGUAACACAUAUGAAGUGGAUGAAGGAGGAAUCAGGAAGUGUGCCAAAUGUGAAGGACUGUGUCCAAAAGUGUGUAAUGGAAUUGGAAUGGGAAACCUGACCCACACACUGGCAAUCAAUGCCACCAACAUUGGUACCUUUAAAAACUGCACCAAAAUCAAUGGCAAUGUUGAUAUCAUCUACACGUCGAUUCAUGGGGAUCCAUUUACCAAAACACCACCCAUGGAUCCUGGCCAGCUUGAUGUAUUUAAAACAGUUAAAGAAAUUACUGGGUAUUUGUGGAUUCAGCACUGGCAGGAUAACAUGAGCUCACUCAGCCCUUUUGAGAAUCUGGAGAUCAUUCGAGGAAGAACAAAACGUGGAAGCCGCAGUUUGGUUAUAAUACAGCUUGAUAUUAACUACCUGGGCCUUCGUUCACUCAAAGAAAUCAGCGAUGGAGAUGUUGUCAUACGCAAGAACAAGAACCUCUGCUACACGAACAAAAGCCACUGGGAGAGGCUCUUCAAAUCAGGAAGUCAAAGUGCUACUGUGCAGGAAAAUUCUGAUGCUGCCACAUGUGCGCUGAAGAACAACACAUGCGAUGCGAAGUGUACCACAGAUGGCUGCUGGGGCCCGGGCCCCGACAUGUGUUUUGGCUGCCGCGAUUACAGCCGUGAUGGGAGUUGUGUUGACUCCUGCAACAUCCUGGAGGGAGAGCCACGGGAGGCAGCUGUGAAUAAAAUGUGCAUGGAGUGUCAUCCUGAGUGUCAGCGCAUGAACGGGACCGCAACGUGCAAGGCGCCUGGUUCUGGAAACUGCACUAAGUGUGCCAACUUCCAAGAUGGACUGUUCUGUGUGUCCCGCUGUCCCAGAGGCGUGCCAGGAGAGGAUGACACCCUGGUGUGGAAAUACGCUGAUGAGGAGAGAGUGUGCCAGCUAUGCCACAAAAACUGCUCUCAAGGGUGCAAUGGACCUGGUCUUGAAGGCUGCCAUGUGAAAAGGCUCACGGGUCUUUCUAUGAUUGCGGCUGGUGUAGUUGGUGGGCUGCUGGCUGUGCUUAUUGCAGCACUGUCUGUCUUUGUGUUGCUACGCCGUCGCCACAUCAAGAGGAAGAGAACUAUGCGCAGACUGCUCCAAGAGAAAGAGCUGGUUGAACCUCUCACUCCGAGUGGACAGGCACCAAAUCAGGCAUUGCUGCGGAUCCUGAAGGAAACUGAAUUUAAGAAAAUCAAGGUUUUGGGAUCAGGAGCAUUUGGAACAGUUUACAAGGGUCUGUGGGUCCCUGAAGGAGAGGAUGUGAAGAUUCCAGUGGCUAUCAAGGAACUGAGAGAGGCCACAUCACCAAAAGCAAACAAAGAGAUUUUGGAUGAAGCUUAUGUGAUGGCCAGCGUGGAACACCCCCACGUGUGUCGUCUGCUGGGCAUCUGUCUUACUUCGACGGUGCAGCUCAUAACACAGCUGAUGCCGUUCGGCUGCCUGCUGGACUACGUCAAAGAGAACAAAGACAAUAUCGGCUCCCAGCACCUGCUCAACUGGUGUGUGCAGAUAGCCAAGGGUAUGAACUACCUUGAGGAGCGCCACUUGGUGCAUCGUGACUUGGCAGCCAGAAAUGUCCUGGUCAAGACUCCUCAACAUGUUAAGAUCACUGACUUUGGUCUGGCCAGACUCCUCAAUGCUGAUGAGAAAGAGUACCACGCCGAUGGAGGGAAGGUUCCAAUAAAAUGGAUGGCUCUCGAAUCUAUCCUGAACAGAACUUACACUCACCAAAGUGAUGUAUGGAGUUAUGGUGUGACAGUCUGGGAGCUGAUGACUUUUGGGAGCAAACCAUACGAUGGGAUUCCAGCCAGUGAAAUAUCCGGGGUCCUGGAGAAAGGAGAGCGUCUGCCUCAACCACCAAUCUGUACUAUAGAUGUGUACAUGAUCAUGGUGAAAUGCUGGAUGAUCGAUGCAGACAGCCGGCCUCGUUUUCGAGAAAUAAUAGCAGAGUUUACCAAGAUGGCUCGAGAUCCAUCCCGCUAUCUUGUCAUUCAGGGUGAUGACCGCAUGCAUCUACCAAGUCCUGCAGAUACUAAAUUCUACCGCAGCCUGAUCAGCGGCGAGGACAUGGAGGAUGCUGUGGAUGCAGACGAAUACCUGGUGCCGCAGCAUGGCUUCUUCAGCAGUCCGAGCACCUCCCGCACCCCACUGCUUCACUCUCUGAGUCUCAACAGUAGCAUUGGGAUGUGCCACAGCAGAAAUGGAUUACAGAACGGCUUGCUGAGCACAGAUGGAAGCAUGGUUCAUCGAUAUAUCCCUGACCCCACAGACAAAUUUUUAGAUGAGGCCUUCCAACCUGCUCCAGACUAUAUGAACCAGAAUGGAGUUUCAGAUGUGGCCAAUCCUGUCUAUCAACAUCCUGGUCCACCCCGCACCCUUCUUCCCACCAUCUCGUCUGACGAAACAGAGACAGAAUACCUGAAUUGCUUUAAGAAUGUGGCCAAUGGACCCGAAUACCUCAAUGAGUUCCCCUCCUCCGCCAUCUCUCCAUUUAACUCCAACAAUGGAGUCUACAGCAAUCAGAAAUACCAGCCCCAGAACAGCAUAGACAACCCAGAUUACCAACAGGAUUUCACUCCCACCUUCAAGACUCACACCAACGGACACAUACCAGCAGCAGAGAACACAGAGUACCUGGGCCCUGACUAAGGACUCUGUGGAAUAUAAUAAAAAUUACGAGACAGUUUCUCUUAUCUGUGGCUGGAAAUGCAUUGAUAAGUGGUACCAUCAGUUAUCACAUGUUAUCUUUUGGAGUCAGGUAACACAUGGUGUCAUUUCAAAUCAUUUUCCUCACCAGAAAACUACAAAUGAUUUUUUUUUUCUUGACGAAAGCAAGUAAGGCUGAGGUGAACAUAACUCCUGACCCUAGAGCUCCUGGACACUCCAUCCCUGCCAGGAAAUGAAGAUCUUCAAAUGCACAAAAUACUUUAUGUAAUCCUAAUGUGUUGUUAGAGUAAAAUCUACUAAAAGGAUUUAAACACAUUACUUUGGAGGCCGGUGGUGCUGUUGCUUAAAACAGACAACUGGGCCCUCAACCCAAAAUCAACCCGUGGUACACAUGUCUUUGUGCACCCGCUGGUUACAGACUCAGAGCAUUUUUCUGUAAUAAAGUCAAGAAGAUAAGAGCUGUUAAACAUAAGUAUCAAGAGCAGUUGUUGGAUUCUUCAGGGGCCAGACAACACGCUUCCUGCAGGAUGAGUGAAGAAGACAAAACUUUGCCAUGUGUAGAAUGUAGUCAGUGUGACGGAAAACGCUGAUGACUUGCAUUGUUUAAAUAUGUUACCUUGAUGCUCGAAACCAGGUCUUUAUGUUUUAAAAGUCUGUGUGGAGCAGUGGAGUUGCCUUGUUCUCCCUGGUGUAUCAUAUCGCGUUAAAUAUGUAGAGAAUGUGACGGCAAACACGACUGUGGUUCAUUACACUGCUGUGUUUUGUUGCUCAGAACUUGUAGCACUUUUGCAAUAAUGUGAGUUAUGUUUGUGCAGACCUAAAACGUUGGCUGAGUUUUUCUCUUUUUUUUAUUCUUAAUCACCAGUAUGCUCAGAUGACUGAUUACUUUCCAAUCUUCUUACUGCACUCAGAGCUUAUCUGGAUGUUUCUGCUCAGCACACAAACAAAAUAUGUCAUUCUGUUCCCAUGAUUUUCUUCUUUUGUGACAUUACAAAAAAUGCUGGCCAUGUGUACAUUUUAGUUGUAGCAUUUCCUUGUGAUGUAUGUCAGAAAUUAGGAAUGUGUUCAGUCAUUUUUCCCUUGUUGUUUUAUAGUCUAUUGUUUCACCCAGGGUGUUGACACCAUAUAUGUGAUCCUGCUUCUAGCUUUAAGGCUUUUAGUCUUGCAAGAGCAUUAACUCUGCAGAUAUUAUUCCUAGUUUUAAAGGAAUAUGUUAUUGUAGCGGUCUGUAAGCCUAUUUUUGCGACUUUACACAGGUACAUGUACAGAAAACAGUGAUUAUCCUGAAAUGUACCCUAAAAUAGUCACCUGUAAUUUAUAUUCAGUACACAUUUUUGUCAUACCAUAUGCUGAAUAUACACUUAUUCCUGAUUGUGAUCAUAUCAUUUAAAGAAUAUAAAUAAAUCUUUUUUUCUAUGUA